UUACGCUCGGUUAUUAAAGAGACAUCAUUAAUUUGUUGGAAAGUAUGUCGGAAUGGGGUCUAUUCAAUCUUCAUAUGAGUAAUAAGGGCCACAUAGUAUAAUAGGAGUUCAAAAUUUUGGAACCGAGGGGCUGUGUGAUUGAAAGUGUCUGGUAUUGUCAAGUGUAGAUAUUUGCCUCUGCUGUUCCACGAAAUAAUUUUUCAAGUUUUUUAAUAAUUCCGAAAAAUGACAAGUCCUUUGAAAAGAAUACGAUGACGCUGCUGGCUCGAUAUAUCAUUUGGCUGACAUGAAUCAGUUCUAAUUCGUAAACCUGACGAAAACGUUGAUGUUUUUCAACAUUCUAUCCAAAUAUGUAAGAUGGAUUUUGAUGGGCAAAUAAUGAAGGAAGUAGCCUAUUUUCGUUAUUGUUGGAUAUAUGGACCAUAAUGACCAAGUUUACAAGAUGAAAACAAUAUCCGUGAAUCUGUGCUUAUAAGUGAAGCAAAUAACUCGAUAUACAUAAAUUAUAAAUGGUGAUCUACAAAUUCAGAUUUGAAGUAUACAAACAGUGAUAUUUUAAAGAGGAAGAUAGAUGUUUGAUGAUCAAUUGAAUGUCAGCAUCGUUUCAGUAAAGUGAAGAAAUAAAACGUAGAUCAACCUGAAGCAAUUGUUAGUAUCGACAAUGGCCAAACAGACCACCAAAACAAAGAAGAUAUGCCACACAGUAACACAAAGCAACAUUCUUUGUGGAACCUGUCAAAACUCGACUCUCUCUCGCACGAAAAAACGUCAAAUAAUGUCGCAAUAGAAAAUGAUGUGGUAUAUGACAUAAAAACUGGAAAAACAUACCCUCUCGUAAUGGCACUACCAUCUGGAUGUACUGAUAUUGACAAUACAGAACUUUAUGAUGAUUUUGAUCCAGACAACGCUCUUAUUUUCAAAAAGUCACCUACAUCAGAACAAGCUUCACAUGAAUUACAGAAUCAUGCGAGAGUCAAAAGAAAACAUAAUGAUAUCAAUGAAUCAAAUGAUAAAAUAAAUUCGAAAAAGAACAAUCAGACUGCUACUCAUUACAGAGUUAAUUAUAGUUCAGAUGAAUUAUGUGAAGAUGAAGCCAAAUUUCUAGAGUCAGCGAUCGUUGAAGAGUAUUGUGAAAAUAUGAAAAGAUUUAAACUAGACACAAACCAAACAGCUGCAUGGAGACUUGGACCAGCAAAAUAUUGGUUUGAUCUUCUUGGAGUACCUGAAUCAGGAGAUGGUUUUGAUUAUGGGUUUGAAUUAGCAGACAUAAUAGAUGAGAAUGAAUACUCAUUCGAUGAAGUAGAUGAGGAUGCUUUUCUUAUGGUUUCUCAAAUGCAUUGGGAAGAUAACAUUAUUUGGGAUAUUGAUGAUGUAGCUCAAAAGCAACAAGAGAUAACCAACUGUAAGGACUGGGCACCUAUGUUAACAAAAAAUAAUUCAGCGUUUUACCAAGGAAAAUCAGAAACCAUUGAAACCCAAAAUCAUAGCAUUUUAUACUCAAAUUUUCCAGUGGAAAACGAAGAGCUAGUGUAUGGUUUAUGGGAAAGUGAGAUUAUUUGGGAUGCCAAAGCCAUGAGAAAAAUACUACAGCCUAAGAUAUUAGAAUUUGAUCCCAGCGAUGAGAACAUAAUCUUUGCUAUUCCAGAAGAUUCUGAUCCAACUUCAUUAUCUGAGAAUGUUGAAGCUCAAUCAAAAGUAAAAAGUAUUUAUGUCCACACAGAGAAUAUUAAAUCAAUAUUAAGUCAAACUGGUGUAAUUGGUCCUUCAGAAGAAGAGGAUACUCUAACAGAAAAACAACUUAACCUGGAUCCUUUCAACAUUUCAAAUGAUAUAUACUACAUGCCGAAAUUAACGGAUAAAACUUCGAAACUAGAAGCAAAUUGUCAGAAACACAUACCACACAGUAUUCCUGUUCUACAGUUGCAAGCUUCCCUCAUACCCACCUACAUGGGACCAAAGCGUCUUCGAACUUUUCACAGGUCUCCACUCAAACGUUAUGCCUGUGGUCGUUUAACUCAAUCUGAAUCACACGCAGUUAUACCUUUGACUAAGUAUAUCAGUAAGAAGGAAAAACUAAGACAAGAAGCUCUAAAAACUGGCGAGCUAUUUUUCAUGCGCUCUUUUGCAGAUCUCUCAGGCAGAGACGGUAACCUUGUAUUGGUAGAAUUCUCCGAGGAACAUCCUCCACUAAUGAAUUUUAUUGGCAUGUGCUCUAAAAUCAUGAACUACUACCAAGGCAAGCCUGGCAAAGAUAAUGGUCCACCAAAGUAUAAAUAUGGUGAGACGGCAUAUCCUCAGAAUGGUUUGUUCUUAGGUAAUUUGGCACCCGGACAAAGUUUGCAAGCACUUGAAAAUAAUAUGUACCGGACGCCUAUUUAUGAGCACAAAGUUAAUGAAACAGAUUUUCUGGUGAUUAGGACACGUAAUCAUUACUAUAUCAGGUUGAUCGACGCUCUAUACGUUGCCGGACAACAGUGUCCUCUUUUAGAGGUACCUGCUCCUAACUCAAAAAAAAUUGCUGAUUUUAUGAAAAAUUUUCUGCAAGUCUUUGUGUACAAAACUUUUUCUAAGUCGAAGAGUGAUCCGCCUAAAAUGCAUAGAGACGUUCUCAAAAAAGCUUUUCCCACUCUCAAAAUGCCUUUUAUUAAAAAACACUUGAGUUCUUUUGCUGAUUAUAAUUAUAAUAAGGGAGGACCAGACUGUUUUCAUUGGGUGCUUAAAUCAACCUUUCGUUUGCCUUUGGAAGAUGAAAUCCGUUCUUUGGUGUCUCCUGAACAAUGCUGUGCAUAUUUUAGUAUGGUAGCUGCACAGCAAAGGUUGAAAGAUAUUGGCUAUGGUGACAAAUCUGCGUUUGUCUUACAAGACAAGGAUAUGAAUGACGAAGAGAUACAGAAUAAACUAGACGAUGAAGUAAAAGCUGCCCCAUGGAAUACUACUCGGGCUUAUAUUGAUGCUAUGAAUGGCAAAUGUUACCUUCAGUUAGUUGGACCGGUUGAUCCAACUGGUUGCGGAGAGGGUUUCUCGUAUGUCAGGGUGCCUAAGUCUGUGUUCAAACAGGACGAACAGGAAUUGAAAUCAAAAAAAAUUACCGGCACUGAAGCCGACUUACGCUCUUUAUCUGCAAAAGGAGCUGAAACAAUACUCCGUAGUUAUGGUGUACGAGCAGAAGACCUCAAGAAACUCACAAGAUGGGAAUUAAUUGAUGCAGUGCGUACGUUAUCAACCAUUCGAGAAGAUCGCGGCGAGGAAGGUUUCGCAAAGUUUUCACGUAGCAAGCGUUUCUCGAUGGCUGGAUGUCAGCAAAGAUAUAAAGAAGAAUGCCAACGUAUCUUCGAUUUGCAGAAUCUCAAGUUGUCAUCUAGCGAAGUGUUAAGCAGCGACGAUGACACUGAAUAUUUGAGCGAAGAUCUCGAAGAAGUCGAAAAGAUGGCUGAGAAUAUUGAGAUCUUGCUAGCAAAUCAGGGCAAGAGUGAUUCACUUCUUGAAUUUGAAAGAGAAGAGCGAGAGAGGGAGGAACUGCUGAAAAUGUUGGCAGAUGAUGAAUCAGUGAAACAGAAACCUAUAGAGUCGAAAAAAAAUGAAGCAUAUGAUCUAAAUUUCAACCCCCAUUCGCCACGAUCAUUAAAGAUUCAUCGUACUUUUCGGAACACCGAUGGCUCCGAAUAUAUACGUACUGAAAUUAUUCACAACUCAGCAGUAGUCGAUGCAUACCUUCAAAUUCGUAGCACCAAGGAUGCCGCAUUCAUUAAACAGUACGCUUAUGAAGACGAAGAAUUAGAGCUCGAGAAGAGGAAAAUCAAGACCCAGUUGAAGUAUAUUAAAAACAGAGAAAUGCGCAAAGAAAAACUUCAGAAUCAAAUAAAUGUUCAAACAGCUCAUUCACACAGUAUAGAUUCCAUUUCCAAUGAUGUUAUGGACCAGUUGGAUGUUAACAAACGGAAGUUGGUUAAGGUUGAUGGGACUAAACUUAAAUUUUCAAUGAAGCUUAUCAAGGAAAUCGAGAAUAUGAACCCUUGUAUGUUAGUGCAGAAUACAUCAAAGAAAAAAUUAUCGCAAAAAAAGCACAAGAGUUCGUCCGAUAAUAUACAAACUGUUAACAAUAAGCAUCGUCAGAUACUUGCAGGUACGAAUCGUCAGUGUACCGACCCUGUUAUUAUGCUGUCAACGAUUUUCGAAGAGAUUAUCACUGUAAUACGUGGAUAUAAAGAAUUUCAGCCAUUUUUUUUUCCUGUCAAUACGAAGUCUUUAUCUGAUUAUCGUCGCAUCAUCAGUAAACCAAUGGACCUUCAAAAGAUCAAUGAUAACAUUCGACAGAGGAAGUACCAAAGUCGUGUGGAGUUUCUUAGUGACAUUGUCCAAAUCAAAGAGAACUGUGUUCGGUACAACGGACCUAUAAAUCCUUUGACUGAUUCGGCCCAAAGAAUGCUUAACAUAUGCGUAGAACUUAUGUCUAAAAAAGAAGAUAAGAUCAUAAAACUCGAAAAUGCUAUCAAACCAUUGCUGGACAAUAAUGAUCAAGAAGCGUUUUCUGACAUCGUGAGUGGAAUUAUCAAGGAAAUUAAGGCUAUGCCACAAGCUGUACCCUUUUUAAAGCCUGUCAACAAGAAUCUCGUCGGCUCUAAGGAUUAUUAUCAUAUCGUGAAAAAUCCAAUGGAUCUGGACACUAUAUCGAAAAAAAUUGCCAUGCACAAAUAUCGAAGGCGCGCAGAAAUCUUGAAAGAUUUUCAGUUGAUUUACGACAAUUGUGUAUUGUAUAAUGGUCAAAACUCACUGAUGAAAACUAAAGCAGAAAUAUUACUGAAGACAAUUGAAAACCAUUUUGAGAAUUUAUCGCAUCAAAUACUGCACCUUGAAAGUAGUAUUGCAUCUGUACAAGAAAAAGCCAUGAGGCAGGCUAACAUUGAUACUUCAUGGCAAUAUGAAGAUGAUCGCGUUGAUAUUGGAUCUAAAUUUGGCCUUAACAAUCCAAUAGAUCUCUCUGAAAAUGAAUUUGAAGAAUUACCUAUGGAUACUCACUGCAUUAAGCAUAAUACAAAUUCACUGUAUCUCUCUGAAGAUGAUUCUGAUGACUCGAGCACAAAUAUAAAUUAUAUUCAAAGAAAUGAUCAAUCAACUGGGUCACCUACAAUUUACAAAAGCAGUAUACUUGAAGAAGAUUUGCAGUUUUCAAGCGACGACGAUGUUUAGAUAGAGUAUUUUUUAUUGGGAUCUUAUUUGAAAUCAAUGUUACGAAAUCGAUAGAAAUAAGAAGAAAAUAAUUUACAUGUAUGUUUGACAUUUGUAUGUAUUUAUACGGUGAGUUUUUUUUAAAGUUUUUGUAUGUAAAGUAUAUGUAUAGACUUGUUUUCUGUUUUUUUUGUCAUAAUUUUCUUUUUGUA